AUGGCCGCCAUUGCUUCAUCUUCUCGCCCGGCCUGGCAAACUGAGGAGCUUCAAGAAGAAUGGAUUGAGGACACCGAAGAAGACGACCUCAGAGAUGAUUUCCUUUCAGCCAACCGAAGUCAAUCUAUAUCAUUUACAGCACCUCUCGCCACAACUAUCGUCACGAAUCACUCUUUGAACGAGACCACACCCUCCAGAAGCGCGGCAGGCACAUUUCUGAUUAGGGAAGAUGUACAGGCGGAACCGUUCUUGCCAAAGACGCCAGGUCGCCAUAAGAAGGGCUUGAUUAAGGACUUUUUUACACCACUACCGUUGGAACGAAUGUUCGAACCCCCGUCACCUCCAGCUGAGGAAGACCGACCUGCGGAACUCUCGCCAAACCAUCAGGACCCCGGGGAGAAUGACGGGACACCGGAAUCACAGCCUGGUUUAAAGGACUUAGAGGGUCGUCCUUUUACUUUUGCGAUGUCGAGGAGCGGGUCUCUAAGGCCGCAGGGCAACGGUAGCGGUGCGUUCCCUCAGGCUCAGAGCACGCCCAAUCCACCGCCGUCGACUAAGCCUGUAGCACCAAUGACCGACCCUCGCCUCCGUCUCUUCCAAUUCCAGUACGAUACAUUUACUCGCGAACACCUUUCAGCAAUGGUCGACUCUAUCGCGAUCAACUCACCUUCAGGCCAAACGGGGUCUAGCCGCGAUCAAUCCCCUGUUCUUCGUCUUCCACGCGUGGCGGAGGCUGCGGGGGACCGGGAUACAUUGGCGCGUAUGCGGAGCGCAAAACGUAUCAAGUUGAGCCCGCGUAGCGACUUCUAUGGCGAGGAUGCAGGCGAGGAUGCGAUAAUCGCACGUCCGAAGCCCAUAGGCCGCGACUAUGUUGGGGAAUCGCAAUCGUUAAUGCAGAAGAUUAAGCAGGCUCGCGACUUUUCCACCAUCUCCACAGAAGCGAGCGCACAACAUAGCCCUGCAGGGACCGUAAUCGAACAUCCUUCUAAUCCUGUCGAUGUCACCAAUGUAGAGAGUGGUAGAGCCGACGCCAACCGACUUGGCUUACCCGAAGCCGGUAGCAGCAACUCAUCUGCGACUGGGAGCAGUAUCAACUCGCGGAGCGGCUCUGCGUAUCGAGAGCAGGCUGAGGCGUUAAUGGCCCAGAUUAGGGGUGACGUGAAGAGCCAGAAACGGCUCUUCUCCGGAGACACCGACACAACGACCUUCACUGCGCCUUUCGAGUCUUCAGUCGACACUAUUCAAACACAGUUAACCCAGAGGACCGGCAAGGACCCUGCGAGAGAAGGCUCUCUUCGUCAUCAACGGAUAGCGUCUUCUAAUUCAACUGGUUCAACUCGCUCGAAGCCCAGAAAUUCUCCUCGACGGGUUUCCAAUCCUAUUUCGAAGGCGUCCUCUUCAAGGACGAUCUCGAACCUGGCAGAUGGUGUCGCGGAUAUGAACCUUCGAAAUUCCCGCAAUACAGCAAUUGUAGUGACCAUCACACCACCGACUACUAUUCUACAUCCUAGCGAAGCUGCUGCCCUAGCUACUCGGGCCCCCGCGGCGUAUCCCGCAUAUUCCAUUCGAUCUGCCACAAAUGACGAUCUGAACCGCUUCGUCUCAUCAAGCACAACGGCCUCAGGCACGACGAUAACCUCUGGGACAGCGGCUUCUUCAUUCGUGAAGCAUGCGGGCCCUGCACAAAUACGAACAAUCGCUCCCCAGGACUUGCCCACGCUCCCCGACAAGGUGGGCAAGAUGGUGUACGACAAAGUCUUAAUGAAAUGGGUGAAGAAUCCGGCGUUUGAAGCGUCGACAGGCCCAGGGGCUUUUGCUUCCUUGCACGACGCGGAAGGGGAGAGCGAGGACCCCUUCCGAGAUAUCGACAGCCUGGACGAUUCUAGAGCAAGGGACCAGCCUGACCUCUCGAGACGAACUGCUGCCACUGAUAUUGACGAGGUUAUGAGUAGGAUCGAGGAGGUGUCGGAGGUUGACGAGGAAGAAGCUGAACUGACGAGCUUCUCCUUCGACGAUCCUACGGCGGGCAUUGUCCCAGUUAUGACCGGCGUUGAGACAGAAGGAUCCGACGGUGGAGAUUAUGACGAGAGCACGGAUUCAGCCGACGAACAGGAGGAGAAUGCUGUUGUGCCGAACGAAGUGUCUGGUGAUGGCUUCGAGACCGAAGAUGAGUUACGUCCGACGGAGGCAUCUUUGGCCGAAGCCGAGUCAGAUUUGCGCUACUCAAUUGAGUCAUUGUCCAUCGUCGCUGUCGUAGUAAGCCCUCAGAGGCGGUCGACCGGCCCUGCGCAAGCUUCGACCCCGAGAGUCCGUUCCGUGUUGAAAAGCGCCACGGCUACGCCAGUCUCUGUCAUGAAGGAUUCCAGCCGCCAUAGGACACCAGCAAAUAAACAUCGGCAUCGCAGAUCAGUGAGCUUCUCUGACGGAAAGAGGGACGGCCCUAUUCGUGGGUUGAGCAGAACAAUGGAGGACUCUCUCUCACUAGCGAGCAGCAGUGGGGCUAGCGAAAACAACACCAUCAGGGACGCCGGUCACACUACCCCUGGCUUUGUACCGUCUGCGCGGUCAAAGCGCAUCGCAGACCUGGUGGAAAACCUCGAAUCGGAUUCCGGUUCUGAGAAUAAUGAAUCUCCAACGAAGACUUCUACUUCAGAACGUCCUGAUGAACUUCAGCCACUGACCUCACGGGACCCGAAUAGUGCCGCAGGAUCCAUCACCUCGAGGGGGAACGAUUCUCGCAGGGUAUCUUCAAGGUCCAGCAAGCAUGCUGUACUAUCACCGACGAGAUCAUAUCGCGGAAUCCCCACUACCACUGGGAAUGCGACUUUCCUCACGGAGUGUUCUUUCGGAGUAGCUCAUGACCGCUUGGUCCAGGUCAUCACCGAUGUGCAGCCGUUUGAACCACACUGGGAGGAACUCAGCCACAUUGAUUUAUCGGAGAAGAAAAUCGAGAGUGUGGCGAGGCUCAAGGAGUUUCUUCCCCACUUGGAUUCAUUGAGCUUGAAUUCGAAUCAGCUUUCUUGGCUCAGUGGAGUGCCUAGCAGUGUGAGGACAUUAUCUGUCUCGUCAAACAGUCUCACCGCGUUGUCUUCCUUUGGUCACCUGCUCAAUUUGGAGAACCUCGACAUCAGCAAGAAUGAUAUCGACUCGUUGCGCCAGCUGAGCUGCUUGCGACAUCUUCGGGAACUGCGGGCUGAUGCGAAUAAGAUUGGUAGCAUCGAUGGCCUCGAGCGAAUGGAUGGCCUAGUGAAGCUAAGUUUGCAAGGCAAUCUCAUUCAAGCCGUUGAUCUAGCCCAAUGUCGAUGGACGAGGCUGGAAAUGUUGAACCUAAGCCAAAAUCACCUAGAUAACAUCUCGGGGCUGGCGUCACUACCUUCGCUGAUUGCCUUGAAUGUAGACAGUAACGAUUUAACCCGCCUGGAGUUUACCGCCAGCAUGCCCAAGCUACGGAUACUCCGCGCGAGCCAUAAUCGGCUCCAGGAGUUGGACGUAGGACUCAUAAUGAAUCUCAGGACGCUUUAUGCGGAUGGGAAUGUUCUUGGCGGUGGCGGGGAGGGAGGGAGGGCACGUGGUGGUCCCAGCAGUGGGAGAGCAGGAAGCGAGGGAGGCAAGUUGCAGAACCUCGAUAGAUUGGCGAAGCUGGAGAAUCUGAGUUUGAGGAAUCAGAGUGGGGGCGCGCUUGGUCUGCGACCUCGGGAUAUACGAGAUGUCAAACGGCUAUACCUCUCUGGCAACCCUCUCCCUACAUCAUUCUUCUCUACAUCAACUACACCAUUCUAUAAUCUGCUAUACCUCGAGGUCGCGGGAUGUCGCAUUUCCUCCCUCCCGCCGACCGUAUCGUCCCUCUUCCCCAACUUGAGGGUGUUGAAUUUGAACUAUAACUUUUUGGAUGAGGCCGAUGUCUGUGCACUGCUGGGUGGGGUCAACGCCCCGGCUGCUGGUUCGAAUUCUGCCGGCUAUUCCAAUGGUUUGGGUAGGCUGCGAAAGUUGAUGAUCGUCGGCUCCAGGGUAAGGAGCAUGAAGAAGGUUGUGGGGUUGCUCUCGCGGCUUAGAGAGGUGGAGCUCCUGGACUUCAGGAUGAACCCAUGUACACUAGGGUGGUAUCUGCCUUUGCUGGUGAAGGAUAUACCCGGCGCGCUGCAACCUUCGAAGACUUCCUCUUCCUCUUCCGAGCCAGCGACGUCAAACUCAAAUGGAGCUGAAUCCCGGCCGCGCGACACUUGGCAAGAGCUUGACACUAAAUUCCGGCGGGAUCUCCCCGAUGACGCCUACAUCGGUCGAUUAGCGUAUAGAGGGCUUGUCAUGCGAGCUUGUGGCGGCAUAAGGAUGUUGGACGGCGUCGAGGUUACGGAGAAGGAGAGGAAGAAGGCCAUGGGUGUUCUGAAGGGGAUUGGGGCGAGGAAGCGAGAUGGAGGGACGGGGGGCGCGGCGGGAAAGGAUUAG